AUGUACUCGCAAUCACAGCUGGCUUAUGCGCCAACCCCUUACAGCUAUACACCAUCAAGCCACCUGACAGCAACCAUAAACCUCGACCAAGAAGUCAAGCUCGCCGAUAAUGCCGCCGAACGCGAUCUCCACGAGUCCUUGGCCGAGAUUUACAGCAUUAUCAUCACCCUCGAUGCGCUGGAAAGAGCUUACCUGAGGGACUCGAUCAAAGAGAGCGAAUAUACCGAGACAUGUGAUCGUUUGCUGAGACAGUAUAAGAGUAAUCUUGCGGACGAGACGGUGCAAUCCGCUUUCGGAGAUCUGGAAAGUUUCAAGUAUGAAUGGGAUGUAUGUGCAUGCGGUACAACAGUAGGGCCAGAAGGACGUAAGCUGAUUGAAUACAAGCUCGAAGUUCCCAAAGCAACCGAACGCCUCCGCAUAGGCCUCCCAGCAACCGUCCAAACCCAACCCGCCCACACCAAUCACCGCCCGCUCUCCACCGCCUCCUUCUCCAACCACAACCCCAACACCUCCCACGCCGGUCCAACAGCAAACGCAACCCACAUCGUCUCCGCCUCCGAGAACUUCAUCACCCUGUUCGACGCUAUCAAGAUGAACAUGCUGUCUAAAGACACCCUACACCCGAUUUUGGUAGAGAUUAUCCAAGCGGUGAAUAAGGUCACGGAUCGGGAUUUUGAGAACAAGGGCAAGAUUGUGCAGUGGUUGAUUACGUUGAAUCAGAUGAGGGCGGCGGAGGAGUUAACGCCGGAGAUGGCGAGGGAGGUGCAGUUCGAUUUGAAUGCGGCUUAUGAUGGGUUUAAGAGUGUUUUGGAGUGA